UUGCAUAUAAUUUUCUCUUCUCUCUUGUCGAGUUGCGCCAUUUUGCCCCGGUUUCGGACGAGUUUCCCGCUCGUAUAAUUUCCCAAAAUAUUUGGAGAUUGAAACCGAAGAAGGUGCAACGAUCGUAUUAUUCAUUUAUAAGCUCGAUGUUGGCAGAGUUUGGUCGAAGCCGUGAUAAUUACGGCUGAAAUUGUGAGCGGCCUAUGAGCGCCGUUUUUCAACCGCUAUUUCAUGAAAGUUGUGUCCUGAAGUUUACAGCGAAAAGCAAUGGUUUAACACCACAAACAUGAUACCUACAGCUGCACAACGGAUUUUCUAGUGUCCCUUGGUAUCUACGCUGACAGGGAACUCGAGUGAGCACCGAGAAUAAUUUGACUGCACUGCAUCAAGUUGGUUUUGUGCACUUGGAUCCCGAGACGAACACAAAUUUGUUACCUCGUAGAGGACUUUUCUGUCCUACGCAAAGGUUCAAUCAGUAUACCACUUUAUAAACAACGAGAUAAAAGGAUAAUAUCAAGCACAAGCCAUCAUGUUCUGGAAAUUCGAUUUGCAUCCGUCCACUGCAAUUGAUUCCAUUUUAUCCAAGGAGGAUUGUACCCUGAUUGAAAUACUCGACGAAGAUGACGUUUUGCAGGAAACGAAAUCGCAAAAUAGAAAACUGAUCGACUUUUUUGUCCGACCUGAGAUUUUGGAGGAGCUGGUAAAUCUAAUCAUCAAGGAACCAGAGGAAGAUUUUGAUGAAAAGCUUAGAUACAAGCACCCAAACACAGCCUGUGAAGUACUAACGUCAGAUGUGUUCACCAUUAUUGACAAGAUGACUGCAAGCGAGGAAUUGUUGAACAAGCUCUGGUCAUUCCUGGACCACAACGCUCCCCUCAACCCUUUGUUGGCAAGUUUUUUUAGCAAAGUGAUUGGGAUGCUUAUCACAAGAAAGACCUCACAAAUGAUUGAUUUCCUAAGGAGUAAGGAAAACUUUGUGGAGUUAAUUAUCAAGCACAUGGGAACAUCAGCGAUAAUGGACCUUGUUUUGCGGCUAAUAACGAGUGUAGAGUCCCCGCAGCUCAGGCAGGAGGUACUAGAGUGGCUGAAUGAGCACAAAUUAGUUGAGGGCCUGGUCUCUCUUAUCGACCCAGAGGAAGAAGAAGACAAAAAUAGCAAUGCUGCACAAACGCUUAAUGACAUCAUCCGGUUAAGUCGGGAUCACAUGACCCAGCUCCAGGAGGGAGCUUGCCAGGACCCUUUGCUGGACGCAGUACAGAGGAGAGACACUAUAUCCAGUCUUCUAGAUCACAUGUUCAAUGGAAUAAAAAAUCACAAUGACUCUGCCAUGGUGAAUGGAGUCUUUGUGUUGCUAACCCUACUUGAAGUCAAAAGAGGGAUGGGUGAGGGAGAGGAACCAAUGACGGCAUUAGAUGCAGAGAGGCUGGCACAAGGUGUCAGUGCUACCUUAGCUGCUGUUACACCAAGAUUAAAAGACUUCCAUGACCUUCUUAGUAAUCCCCCUUUGAUGAAGCCAAUGACCACCACCGUAGGAAUUCUAGAUCCACCACUUGGGAACGCCAGGCUGCAAAUAGCCAAAUUACUGUCAUCAAUUUUAGGGACAAAUAGUGACAGUAUAAACCAGGAACUUGCUUCUCUAGGAACCAUGUCUGUUUUAUGGGAAUUAUUUUUCAAGUAUUCAUGGAAUAAUUUUCUCCAUACACAAGUUGAGCAAUGUAUUUGUACAAUUUUAAAUAACCCGCCUACUGAAGAGGAUGGGGAGACGCACACGCCAUUAGUGGAUUCUUUGUUUAAAGAUUGUAAUUUCCUUGAAAAAAUUAUGGCAGCUUGGGAAGAACCUGAUCAUGAAAUAACGGAAUCGCAGGCCAAACACAGAGGCUACAUGGGGCAUCUGACCAACAUUGCUAAUCAUGUUGUACAUGCCCGUGAGAAAGGAAAGAAUAAAGAUAUUUUAGAAACCGUCUUCAAUGACCUCCCUGAAAAGCAAAGAGAAAAAUGGGGCGUGUUUGUCACUGGGACUUUGGCAGAGAUUAACAAGACUAAUACAUCAGAACUGGUUGGUCAUCAUCCUCUACAGUCUUCUUCAGAUGACGAUGACGACUACAAACCUAUCCCAUUUUUGCACAGUGAGAGCUCACUACAACAGGUAUUCUCCAACUAUCAAAUGCAGCAAAUGACAGCAGACUUCAUGGACACAUUUGGCCUGGACGGAGAUGACUUCCAAGAACCUAAUGAAGGCAUCACGGCUCCAUUUGAUAAAAUUGGUGAUCUCAGCUUUAACAUAAAUGCCAAUGAGGAUAAUCCAAACUCUGCCCUGUUCGAGGCAUGUUGUAAUGAACGCAUCCAGCAGUUUGAUGAUAGUGGAAGUGAUGAAGAGGAUGUCUGGGAAGAGAAGGAGCUUACUUUUUCUUCAGUUGUAGAAGGACGAAAAAGCACUUUAUCUGAAAGUGAUAGUGAGAGCAGUGAUGAGGAAGAGGAGGAAGAGUCGCCCCGUCAGCACAGUAUCAGCAGCUCAAGCAGUGACGAUGAUAGGAUAGUGUUUAGUGAUGAGAGCCCUCAGAGCUCUCCAAUCAAGCAAAGGCCUCCUUCUCCUCCAGCUAAAGAUGCUGUUGAAAACAAGAUGGAUGUGGACACUAGUGAAUCUUGGAAUGCUUUUGAGCCUCCUGAGGUGCCCAUGGAUGACACUGUUGCCAUGGAUGCGUCAGAUGUCGGAUGGGCCAAUGUAGAGCCUGUGCCAGCUUCUGAAACAGACACAGGCUGGGCUAACUUUGACAGCUUCACUGACAUUGGCAUGGCUGCCUCUAACCCCAGUGCUCAACAAGAAGAGAGGCCUGAUUCACCUGUUGCAAUGGAGACAGAGUCCAGCUUCAAUCCAGCAUCGUCAGCUGCAUCUGCGUAUGUUAUCAAAAACGAGGAGUCAUCAACAGAUCAGCAAAAGGAGCCUGACCUCUCUAAAGGGCUUGUACUGGAUGCAAAUGUGUUUGACGACUGUAGUAAAGAAGCCACACCUAGCGAAACUACUGGCGAAUCAAGUGCUGGAAGCUCUCUACUGUCAGAGCGGGCCGCUAAGUAUAGCUGUGCAGAGGGCGCUGACCCUGCUUCAGUACCUUUGGCAUCAAAUGAAAGCGAUGAUGACAUUUCUGAUGAUGAUGAUACUCCAGAUGACAAGUCAUCGGGAUCCCCUUGUAAAAAGCAGCCAGUUAGCCCAUCAACGCCGAACACGACAACGUCUGAUACCAGUUCUUCUGUUUUAAAUACCAGUCGAGGAGAGGUAGCAGCAAACAGUCCUACGCAUCCUGUCACAACUUCUGCUGUGGCCGCAGCCGGGCAGGAGCAAUCGAAUGUGUCCCUCCCUUUAGAUGGCGCCUCUUGUCAUCAAGCCGUCAACAAGAAAACCAGACUCGAUGACUCAAGGCCUCCUCUUACGGAGCUGAACGAAACUCUAGCGAAUGGUCCGGGCUAGGAUAUUGCUACUAGGCCCUCACGGCCUCACUAGAUAAGCAGACCCGCAAGGAGGCCUAGAAAUACAAUUGUGUUUUGGUAUAUAAAUAACCCUAAACCGCCGUGAUAAGGUCGCGCUAUACUACUUGUACAGUAAUACUACGUGUAGGGAACUUUUUAAAGUAUUUUGUUUUUUAGCUAAUAGGUAGAUGUUUCUCUCCCGUUCUCUGCGCCGUUCCUGUGCUUUGUUCACGUAUCUCAUGUAGUAGAACCUCCAGAUAACUGACAGCCACUGGACACUCCCUGUAUAAAGGGGAAUUUUCCAAGUCCAGGUUUCCAAUUAUUCAGGCAAUCUCUAUGAAUAAACCUUUAUUAAGCGGACACCUACAUGUUACGGACAUCCGAGGGUGUCUUUUUAACGUCUGUCUAAAACCGAGUUGUUUCGCUACCGUUUCAAGUCCUUACCGAAAAUAUGUGAAGGGCCUAUUGAAACGUCAGCGGAACAACUCAACAAUAUCUAGCGGCCAGGAGGACAGGGGGGGAUCGGACGCGCCCUUGCAACGUCUCUGCAUAUCACGUGUUUGCUUUUUUUCAUGAUAACCAAAAACACCUGCAGGGUACUAUCAAACUGUCUGAGGGGGGGGAUGAAUAUCGGAGAACUACGCCGCGCCUCUGGAUCAUAAGUGAUUUGCCUGCUUGAACAUGCACUGGGCAUUCUUUAUGUGGGACAUGAGUAGUUCCUCAUUCGUUUUGUACAAUCCACGCAUUUUCUCUAAAGCAAAUGACAUCUUCAUGUGGAGGGGAUUGUUUUGUAUUUUUAACCUAGUUUUUAUUUCCUCUGCUGUUAGGAAAUAAACCUAUCGCUCCGA